AGCAUUUCUUUUUUCAUUAUUAGAAUAAUUUCCGAUUAGGAAAAAACAAAACACAGGGGGCAUAAUUUUAUCUUGUUUAUACCUUGUGUUUUGUUUUAGGGGCAUUAUUGUCCUAUCGAACGGUCAUCAGGAGAGGAAAAUAAAAAUAAAGUUUUUCGACAAUGGCUUCGAGGAUUUGGGUAAUUCCCUUAGUCGGGCUUCUUUUCCUAAGUGUAACCAUACACACGAUAGACGCAAAACGUACCAAAGGAUACGCGAUAUACCUAGACCCCAAACAGCCCGUUGAGGAUCGAGUCCAGGACCUCCUAAAAAGAAUGACACUGGAAGAGAAAUUUGGCCAAAUGACACAACUGGAAAGAGUAAACCUCACUGCCAACGUCAUGAAAAAAUAUUCGAUCGGGAGUCUACUGAGCGGGGGAGGGAGCGUGCCCAGGAUUAAUGGUACCGCGGAAGAUUGGGUUAAGAUGGUGAACAAGUUUCAAAAAUGGGCUCUCUCUAACCGUCUUGGCAUUCCGAUGAUCUAUGGAGUUGACGCUGUCCAUGGGCACAACAAUGUGUAUAAAGCUACGAUUUUCCCACAUAACGUUGGCCUUGGAGCGACCAGGGACCCAGAACUAGUGAAAAGGAUUGGUGCUGCAACCGCGCUUGAAGUGAGAGCCACCGGCGUGCCUUAUGCUUUUGCACCAUGCAUUGCGGUAUGCAGAGAUCCAAGAUGGGGUCGUUGCUACGAGAGCUAUAGCGAAGAUCAUAAAAUCGUUCAACAAAUGACAAGUAUCAUCGAUGGUUUACAAGGCGAAAUCCCGGAGAAUUCACCAAAGGGUGUCCCUUAUGUUGGUGGAAAGGAAAAGGUUCUGGGAUGUGCAAAGCACUAUGUGGGUGAUGGUGGCACUGUCAAGGGAAUCAAUGAAAACAACACUGUGAUUAGUUGGGAGGGAUUGUUGGAGAUUCACAUGCCUGCCUAUUUAGACUCCAUCCAAAAGGGUAUCGGUACAAUCAUGGCGUCUUAUUCGAGUUGGAACGGUGUUAAAAUGCACGCUAACUACAAUCUCCUCACCAAAUACCUCAAAGAUACCCUAAAGUUUAAGGGUUUCAUCAUUUCUGAUUAUCAAGGAAUCGACAAAAUCACCUCACCGGUGCAUGCAAACUACACGUACUCGGUCCAAGCUUCGAUUCUGGCUGGCAUUGACAUGGUCAUGGUUCCUUACAACUACACUGAAUUUAUUGGCGACUUGGCCUUGCUGGUCAAGAAGAAUGUCAUUCCAGUAAGCCGUAUUGAUGACGCCGUAAGUAGGAUUUUGAGGGUUAAGUUCACUAUGGGUCUUUUUGAGAAUCCCAUGGCUGAUCUAAGCCUAGCAAAACAUCUUGGAAGCCAGGCUCAUAGGGAUUUGGCAAGGGAAGCAGUAAGGAAAUCAAUGGUGCUCUUGAAGAAUGGGAAGAACCCAAACGCUCCUUUGCUUCCUCUCCCCAAAAAGACAUCAAAAAUCCUAGUUGUUGGAAGUCAUGCCAACAAUUUGGGAUAUCAAUGUGGUGGCUGGACUAUCAGCUGGCAAGGACAAGGCGGCAACAACAUCACUGUUGGAACAACCAUCUUGGAUGCCAUCAAAUCUACAAUUGACCCAAGCACUGAAGUUGUCUUCAAAGAAAAUGUCACGUCCGAGGUUGUCAAGUCCAAGAAAGACUUUUCCUAUGCCAUUGUUGUCGUGGGAGAGCCGCCUUUUGCCGAAACCCAUGGAGACAAUUUGAACUUAACAAUCCCUAAACCCGGUCCGAGCACAAUCAAGAAUGUGUGCAAGCAUAUCAAGUGCGUUGUCGUCCUCGUCUCGGGCCGUCCUCUUGUAAUCGAGCCCUAUCUCUCCGUCACAGACGCUUUCGUUGCGGCUUGGCUACCGGGAACAGAAGGGCAAGGCGUGGCCGACGUUCUCUUCGGGGAUUAUGGAUUUACGGGAAAACUUUCUCGCACUUGGUUCAAGAACGUGGAUCAGCUCCCGAUGAAUUUUGGUGAUCCACACUAUGAUCCACUCUUCCCCUUAGGUUUUGGGCUCACAACCAAGCCAAAUGUGAAAAGCUAGAGCUUUCUCCUUCUUAUGACUGUAGAAUCAAAAUUGUUCAAAUGUACUCAAUUGUGUAUAUCACCAAACUAAACUGAGCCUUACGUCCUAAUCGAUUGGGGUCAAUUGUGUAUAUUAAGGAAGCAAAUCUAUUUAUAGAUUGGAUUGGAUGUUCGGUAGCUUAAA